ACGAGGAUGCCACUGAAGAGGCUAGCURUCUGCACGUCAAACCCUUGUGACAUGAACAAGAUGAUGGCGUGUUCCUCCUCCUGAUGUUUGGAAUAUUAUUCGUUGUUCAACGUGCAACGUUCUACUUGCGUAUGACUAAGCCAGUUUGUUUCGUGAUCGACUUACGAUGUGAAUUUAUGUGUGAACCUGUUAACGGCAGCAGAAGUACAAGGAGGUUGACGAAGCAGCGUAGAGAAGAGAAGAGGCCAACCGUCAUCAUCAUGAAGCCGGCUGUGACAAUCGCCGCCCUUCUGGCCAUAGGGCUGGUCUUGUUGGCUGUCUACCCACCCACCGUUUCUGGUGGCUGGUUAGCAUGUGUGCUGAGGUGCGACGCGGACGACCACGAAGGGCACUUGAAAGUCGAUGUUCGACGGCCGACGGAAAGGAAGGAUGUGGACAGCGCGUACUACAGGGCAGUGGGCACUGGCCACGUAGGAGGUUCGAGGAUGACGAGCACAAAGGUCCACCAGAAAGUGAGAGCAGAUGACGUGGAGGCUCCGAGCGUCGAACGGGAUGCAGAGGCGUACAACGAGAGGGCAGUUCACACGAGGUACCUCUGGAGUCGUGGCAAUGGAAGGACCGCGGCCGCGGAUGCGGACCCAUUUGGGUCCGCGAUCCGAGCUCGACCCUGCGGACGCGUCCGCGGGUGUUACAUAGGCCAUAGGGAGAGUAGGGUCCUCCAGGUGGUGCUGGACGGCCUCGCCAAGGUCGAGGUCGUCGCUAUGGUCACCCUCUGGCGACAGCGGGGCACCAGCGUCCUGCUCACCAUACUCGAGCGUGCUGAAGCGGCGCGAGAAGGGGCGGCCCUGCUGCGCGGAACGGCGGGGGCGACCGCGGAAAGGGGAACGGCGCUGGGAAGUGUCGUGAGAAGAGGAGGAGGUGUAGCCCGUGCGCUGAGGCCAGGAGGAGGAGGCGGGGUGAAGAUGGGCUCACAUCUGUCGAUGGUCCCUGGCGGCCUCGUAAGCCUAUGGGGCCGAUGGGAACUCGUGCCGCCAUAGCUCCGAGCGGUACUCGAGCAG